CUCGCGACGCAUUCACUCGGAGCAACGGUCGUUUGCUUUCACGGUAGGAGAGAGAAGGCUUGGAGGGAGACGGACUUGGCGGCGGAGCGGUGAACGGCAGCAUCCGGCCCGCAUCUCCGCAGCGGCGACCGGCGACUCCGGCCCGCAUCUCCGCAGCGGCGACCGGCGACUCUGCAGGCAAGGAUGGAUAAUCAAGGAAAUAUGUAUGGAUAUGGUGGCCAAGGUUCUUGUCCCGCUUCAGAGCAGUGGGAGUUUCCAUUAUCUGCUACCUUGGAAGAGUUGGAGAAUGAUAACAUUUCUCAGGCUGCAAUGAGCCAAGGAGGUAGGGAUUAUGUCCCUGAAUUGCAAUUCAAUUCCAACAUCAAUGAACCACUUUCAGAGAUGCCUCGUGCUAAGCCAAAAAAGGGUGGCAAAGAGAAAAAGCUCUCACAAAGAGGUAAAGCCUUUAGCAAAGAGGAAGAUAGAAUAAUAUGCUCUGCAUUCCUAAACGUGAGCAAGGAUCCAAUCACAGGGACAAACCAGUCUAGUGGUGGAUAUUAUCAAAGGAUGCACGACUACUUCACUGAGAACAUUGAAGCCCCUGCCUCCCGAAGUGUGUUGGCCAUCCGCCACAGGUGGCUCAGCAUCCAAAAGGCAGUGAAUAAAUUUUGUGGUUUCUUUUCAAAGAUUGAACGUGACAACCAAAGUGGGAAAACUGAACAGGACCGGGAGAAUGAUGCAGUAAAAAUGUUUGAGGAUUCAGAGCCAUGGACCUUCAUGCACUGCUGGAACAUCUUGAAAAACGAAGCAAAGUGGAGUGACAAGAUGGUGGAAAUCAACACAACAGGCAAUGCCACCCGAGUGAAUCAGCGUUUCGCAAAUGGUGAGACCGGGAGCCCGAACCAAGCAGAAUUUUUAGAGACAGGAGAACAUGCCAGGCCUGAAGGUAGGGACAGUGCCAAGAAGAAGAGGGCUCGGCCAACGGUGGACACAUCCGCAUCAAGCACUGCCAUAGAGGUACUGCAACGUAUGAAUGAACGGAGCCAGAUCAAGGACGACAAGGAAGACUCCCAGAUGGCACAAAUCCUUCAGAGGAAAGACGCUAAGAUUGAACUUCAACAGAAUAUGAUCGCAUUGCAGCGAGAAGAGAUGGAGAAGAGAUGGGAACUUGAGAAGGAGAAAAUAAGUUUGGCUAGGGAGGAAGUUGCAGCGCGCAAAGAGCAAACCAAGGUGGAGUUACUGAAAGCUGAGGCUCAUUUCAUGGGUCAAGACCUGGAUAAGUUAUCUCCGCAUAUGAAAGAGUACUACAUUUCUGUUCAACGUGAGAUCCUGGAGCGGCAUGGGAUUAGGGGGCCAACACCUCCCAGUUCUUGAACAAUCUGUGUCUGUCUUGUAUUCGAACAGUCAGCUUCAAUUUGUACUAUCAGCUUGUAUCAUGAGCUUCUAUUUGAACAA